AUGACAUCUGAGGAUAUAAAUAUGGACAAGAGUACAAUUCUGGAUGUGGGUGAAGAGGUGGAAGAGGGAGCCAUUUUCCAUGUCACCCUGAAACGAGUGGAGGUUCAGCAGGCUGCCAAGGAAGGAGCAAACUGGCUAGGCGCUGAAGGGGACGAGUUACCUCCAGAACAUACUGUCAGCCAGUAUGAAACAUGCAAAAUCCGAACAAUAAAAGCUGGGACUCUAGAGAAACUUGUGGAGAACCUUCUGACAGCUUUUGGGGAUAAUGAUUUCACCUACACCAGUAUAUUUCUGUCUACCUACCGUGCCUUUGCUUCUACUAAGGAAGUACUGGAAAUUCUUGACAGGUGCGGAAACGCAGAGCCCUCAGGCUGUGAAGAAGAUGUAAGCCAGGAUUCCUCUGAAUCCAAACCAGUACUGGGGACUGCAAUAGCAUCAAUCUUAGGAGCCUGGCUUGAUCAGUGCUCUGAGGAUUUCAGAGAGCCACCUGACUACUCAUGUUUGAUGAAGCUGUUGGAUUACUUGAAGAAGAAUAUCCCUGGCUCUGACCUGGAGAAGAGGGCGCAGAAUCUCUUGGAGAAGUUCCAGAACCAAGAAGUGGAAAAGGACGAUGGGUUCCGUGUUGCUUCCCUCUGUAACCUAUGUGAUGAAGAGGAAAUGGACAUCAGCAGGCCAGAAGAAUUCUCUUUUUUCCAGGCAGACCUUGUGGCAGAACAGUUGACAUACAUGGAUGCAGAACUCUUCAAGAAGGUUGUGCCCUACCACUGUUUGGGAUGCAUCUGGUCUCGAAGGAAUAAGAAAGAAUAUAAGCACCUGGCGCUGACUAUCAGGGCUACCAUCUCACAGUUCAAUGUCGUUACCAAAUGUGUUGUCAGCACUAUCCUGAAGGACAAGGAGCUCAAAUCACAGCAAAGAGCCAAGAUCAUUGAGAAAUGGAUUAAUAUUGCACACGUAAGGCAUUUAUUCGAAGGAACAUCCAAAUUUGCCAACCUGGACAGCAGUGUGAAAGAAAAUCAGGAAAGCACACAGAGGCGGCUGCAACUUCAAAAAGAUAUGGCAGUAAUGCAAGGCACGGUACCUUUUCUUGGUACCUUCCUCACUGAUCUCAUCAUGCUUGACUCAGCACUUCAGGACUAUAUCGAGGGCGGCCUGAUCAAUUUUGAGAAGAGACGAAGGGCAGGAUCUCUCAUUGCAGCUCUCUCUCUGCAGCUAAUGAGCCAAGGCAAAACUCCUGCCGUCCUCCAGAGAGCGAGGUUGAAGCACAACCUGGAAUCCGAUGCAGCUGAGGAUUAUGAGCUUGUGCAAGUCAUCUCUGAGGACAAAGAGCUGGUGAUCCCAGACCAUGCCAACGUGUUCUAUGCUAUGAACAGCCACGCAAACUUUGAUUUCGUCCUGCGGAAAAAAGCUUCAGUCAGUGGGCAGAGGAAAGUGAGGAGCCGUUGCAGUGUGACGCUCCCUAGAACUGCCAGAGCGGGGUGUGAGAGCAACAGGCUCAGCAAAAUUAGGCUGUGAGGCAGACAAGGCCAUGGGGAGUACUGGCUGAGGACUGCCCUUGCAACCAUCCAGUAUUACAGAAUCAACAGGAGAUGAACGUGUCGCUAUUCAGCUUUGAACAUAUCGGAGGCUGGAAUGCAAAGUGAGCAUCUGGUCGACCUACAGCCAGAGAUGUGGCUCUUCUCCCUUGUAGCUGGACAUGGACAUACACACAUGGAUUGAUGGG